CCACCCUCGUAUUCUCUGUACCCGAAACCCGCUACAACCCCAUCCACUCCUCUUCCCCGAUUUUUUCCAACCCCUCCUCUCGGCUCUCGGAAACACCUCCGUAUAAAAACGCCGGCCACCGAACAAAACCCCUUAUAUUUAAUUCGCCCGAGGGCUUCAAAGGGGCGCUUUAUCUAUAUAUCUCAAAAAAAAAAAAAAAAAAAACGCAGAAAUGACCUCGACCUCGUCUUUAAUGGCGGGCAGCCCCUCUCUUCUGCCUCCGAGCUCAAAGACUCGAGAUUCUCCUGUUCGCUCUGGCCUUCUCUUUGCUCGCCCCUUUUCAAACCCUCGCCGCUCUAGGUCUCUAGGUCAACGAUGGACACAUGGUGGUGCAAAAAUAGAACUGCAAGCCAACACAAGAUUAUUCUGCUCGUGGAAGAACCAUGACCAAAGAAUAAAUGGAAAGGGUGCUUUGGGGCUUUCUACAGAACAUCAUCAAUCUCUUGCUUGCUUUCGUAGCCGUAAGUUGUGCAGAGGUCAUGCCAUUAGGCAAGCAGGGUCAUUCCGGAAUAAGCCGACUUUCUCAAUUCAUAGACAUCCAUUCUGGAGCAAUGCAAGAAAAUCAGUUCAGAUUGCCUAUGCAGCAUUAGGACCUGAUGAACCACAUGUUGCUAACACAGCAUGGUCAGAAGCACUUCUUGACAAACCAAGCAUCUGGGUUUCUGAAGCAGAAAAAACAGAAAUAGAAGGGGUUUUAAGUUCUCCACUUCCUCCUCACCCAAAGUUGCAUCGAGGACAAUUGAAAAAUGGUCUGCGCUAUAUUAUUCUUCCGAAUAAACUUCCAGCAAACAGGUUUGAGGCACACAUGGAAGUCCAUGUUGGAUCCAUCAAUGAGGAAGAGGAUGAGCAGGGAAUUGCUCAUAUGAUCGAGCAUGUUGCUUUCCUUGGAAGUAAAAAGCGUGAGAAACUUCUUGGAACAGGAGCAAGGUCUAAUGCGUACACAGACUUCCAUCAUACGGUGUUUCAUGUUCAUUCCCCGACUACAUCCAAGGCGUCUGAGGACUUGCUUCCAUCAGUAUUGGAUGCUCUAGAUGAGAUAGCCUUCCACCCCAAGUUUCUUGCAUCUCGAGUUGAAAAGGAGAGGCGGGCUAUACUUUCUGAACUGCAGAUGAUGAACACAAUUGAAUAUCGUGUUGAUUGCCAGCUGCUGCAACACUUGCAUUCAGAAAACAAAUUGAGUAAAAGAUUCCCAAUUGGAUUAGAGGAGCAGAUUAAGAAAUGGGAUGCAGAUAAGAUUCGUAAAUUUCAUGAGCGCUGGUAUUUUCCUGCAAAUGCCACAUUGUACUUGGUUGGUGAUAUUGAUGAUGUUCCCAAGGCAGUUGAACAAAUUAAGACUGUGUUUGAUCGUACACUCGAAGAUGAAGUCCCAAACAUCAAGAGUUCUAAUGCGUUUGGCGCAAUGGCGAGCUUUCUUGUUCCAAAAUUACCGAGUGGACUUGCCGGAAGUUUAUCCACAGACAGAUCAUCUAUCCCAUCGGGCCAACAAAAGGCAACGGAAAAGGAAAAACAUGCUCUUAGGGCGCCAAUUGAACAUAAUUGGUCUCUCCCAGGAUUUGGUCGUGGUGCUAAGCUCCCGGAAAUUUUCCAACAUGAGUUGAUUCAACAGUUCUCUAUUAACAUGUUCUGCAAGAUUCCAGUCAAUCGGGUUCAGACAUAUGGGGACUUGCGCAAUGUUUUGAUGAAGAGAAUAUUCUUGUCAGCCUUGCAGUUCCGGGUAAACACAAGAUACAAGAGUUCAAAUCCUCCUUUUACAUCAAUCGAGAUGGAUCAUAGUGAUUCAGGAAGAGAAGGAUGUACAGUCACUACUCUUACAGUGACCGCAGAACCUAAUAAUUGGCGAGAUGCUAUUAAAGUUGCUGUCCACGAGGUUCGAAGACUUAAAGAAUUUGGCGUGACAAAUGGAGAGCUGACUCGUUAUAUGGAUGCACUUAUAAAAGAUAGUGAACAAGUGGCUACAAUGAUUGAUAGUGUUCCAUCUGUUGAUAACCUAGAUUUUAUUAUGGAAAGUGACGCACUUGGUCAUACUGUUAUGGACCAAAGGCAGGCCCAUGAAAGUUUAGUUGCAAUUGCUGAAACUGUCACCCUUGAAGAGGUUAAUUCUAUUGGUGCUGAGGUGUUGGAAUUUAUUUCUGACUAUGGUAAACCUACCGCACCUCUUCCUGCAGCUAUAGUUGCAUGUGUUCCAAAGAAAGUGCAUAUUGAUGGGGUUGGUGAAUCUGAGUUCAAUAUACAUCCGUAUGAAAUUGUUGCCGCUAUGAAAGAAGGCCUGGAGGAGCCCAUUCAUGCUGAGCCAGAGCUUGAGGUACCGAAAGAAUUGAUAAGUUCAUCAGAACUGGAGGCAUUGCGGGUUCAGCGAAAACCAUCUUUUGUUCCCUUACAAGAAGGGAACACGAUGAAACUGUUUGAUAAGGAGACUGGAAUAAUGCAAAUACGUCUUUCAAAUGGAAUUCCAGUGAACUACAAGAUCUCAAAAAAUGAGGCCAGAUGUGGUGUGAUGCGACUGAUUGUUGGCGGAGGAAGAUCAACGGAAACUUCUGAAUCAAAGGGAGCUGUUGUUGUGGGUGUUAGAACGCUCAGUGAAGGUGGUUGUGUUGGCAGCUUUUCAAGGGAACAGGUAGAACUCUUCUGUGUAAAUCACCUGGUAAAUUGCUCCUUGGAGUCUAAUGAGGAAUUUAUCUGUAUGGAGUUUCGAUUUACUUUAAGAGAUGAUGGGAUGCGUGCUGCUUUCCAACUUCUUCAUAUGGUUCUUGAGCAUAGCGUAUGGUUAGAAGAUGCAUUUGACAGAUCCAAGCAACUUUAUUUGUCAUAUUAUCGUUCGAUUCCCAAAAGUUUAGAGCGCUCAACUGCUCACAAAAUUAUGGUGGCCAUGCUGAAUGGAGAUGAGAGAUUUGUUGAGCCGACACCGCAAUCGUUGGAAAACUUGACGUUGCAUUCUGUAAAAGAAGCAGUAAUGAAUCAAUUUGUUCGUGACAAUAUGGAGGUGAACAUUGUUGGAGAUUUUUCAGAGAAAGAUUUGGAAUCUUGUAUUCUUGAUUAUCUAGGGACAGUUAGAACCGACAGUACUGCUAGGACUGUGCAGUCUUUUGAUCCAAUUGUAUUUCGACCAUCUCCAUCUGAUUUGCAGUCUCAGCAGGUAUACCUGAAAGACACUGAUGAAAGAGCAUGUGCAUAUAUUGCUGGUCCAGCUCCAAAUCGUUGGGGAUUUACUGUCGAUGGGAAAGACUUGUUUGAUUUAAUCAAAAGCUCAAGUGUAAAUGAUGAACAGUCUAACUCAGAGAAGUCACUUCAUCUUGAAAGGAAAGAUGUCUUGGACAAACCCAUAAAUGAUAUCCGGCAGCAUCCACUAUUCUUUGGCGUCACCUUGGGGCUGUUGGCUGAAAUCAUAAAUUCUAGGCUCUUUACAACAGUUAGGGAUUCUUUAGGAUUGACAUAUGAUGUAUCCUUUGAACUAAGCCUUUUUGAUAGGCUAAAUUUUGGCUGGUAUGUGAUAUCAGUGACAUCUACGCCAAGCAAGGUUUACAAAGCUGUUGAUGCAUGCAAGAAUGUUCUAAGAGGUCUUCACAACAAUAAGAUUGCCCAGAGAGAACUGGAUCGGGCAAAAAGGACCCUAACAAUGAAGCACGAAGCUGAAAGUAAGACAAAUGCUUACUGGCUAGGGUUACUGGCACAUUUGCAGUCUUCAUCCACUCCAAGAAAGGAUAUUUCAUGCAUUAAAGACUUAAAUGCACUGUAUGAAGCUGCUACUGUUGAGGAUGUAUACAUGGCAUAUGAACAUCUUAAGGUAGAUGAUAAUUCUUUGUUUUCAUGUAUUGGAGUGGCUGGAGCUCAAACAGGCGAAGAUGCCUCUGGAGCAAUAGAUGAUGUUACAGAUAUUGGAGAGCAAGGUUUUUCUCCCAUUGGUCGUGGCUUAUCGACAAUGACACGGCCCACAGCUUGAUUUUAUACAGAUAUUGGCAAUUUUUUCCUUUUCUUUGAGGGGACCUUGACCACAUGGAGGUCCAUAGGAAGGAAUAUCCAGCACGGGCGGUUUUAUAACUGGCAGAACUUCAUCUGAUUUAGGGCACCUAAAAAAUUAGGCAGCAGGUUGUUGGACGAUGGGAGAAAAGCUAGGUCCCUAUCAUCAGAGGUCUCAAAAUUGCUAGGACAUCUGAAGCUCUCUCGUGCAGUUUUGAGAGGUUGUACCUGUAACCAUCAGCGGCAGCGGCAGCCACAAUUAAGGAACGAGUAGCGAUUUUCGAUAUUGUUUGCUCUUACCAUUUCCGACUUAUACUAGUUCAAUUAGAAGGCGUUAAAUAAACAAUUUUUUUCUUGUAAAUUAUUCAAGUUCAAUAGCAGCAAUCUGCUUCAUAUUCUGUCAAUUUCUAUUUUUUAGCAAUGCAAUAGAUGGGAGUGCAAAAGCUGAAUAAUGUUAUUGGUAAAGAUAAUUAAAAAUAAAGGUAUUUGGUGACUUGCGUUA